UGUUCUUUUUCUUCAUGUGUAUGACAGUUUUUCUAAAUUUCCUGAGCAUAGCUCGGGGUUGGCCUGAACUAAUUAUGCACUGGACACGAAUUGAUUUGAUAUUCCUGAAGCCUCCCUAUCAGCCGCCUAAAUGGUCCCUGCUGAAACAGUUGCGAAUCCUAACGGUAGUUUUUUGGUCCUUGGCCUUUUUGGAAAAUGGCAUGUACUUUGCCUCCCACUACUAUAACUUCCUGAUGGAACGCCUAGUCUGCCAUCCGGAGGAUACCCGCCACUCUUACAAGGAAUAUUUAGAAACGGCCCUGAUGAGUGAUGUCUUCACCUAUUUCGACUAUCACAUUAUGGUGGUGAUUUUGACGUUUUUUUUCAAUACCGCUUUUACGGUCACCUGGAAUUUUAUGGAUUUCUUCAUUAUGGCUGUUAGUUUGGGCAUUGCAACACGCUUCCAACAGUUUGCCGAGCGCAUAGAGCUUUUGGAAGGAAAUUACGUCCCCGAUGCCCUGUGGAAUCAAAUUCGCCAGCAUCACAUCCUCUUGUGUGAAUUCAUGGAAAAGGUGAAUGAGCAUCUCUCGGCCAUCGUACUCCUAUCAUCAAUCAACAAUAUGUAUUUCAUUUGUAAUCAACUGCUGAAUAUAUUUACAAAACUACGCUAUCCCAUUAGUACUGUGUACUUUUGGAUGUCUUUGGCAUUUUUGCUUGGUCGAACUUGUGGUGUUUUUAUGUUUGCCUCGCGAAUACGAGAUGCCUCUCUGUUGCCCUUGAAGACCCUGUAUCUGGUGCCGAGUGGCUGUUGGACUGAGGAGGUACAACGGUUUUUGGCACAAAUUUUAGAUGAACCGCUGGGAUUGACGGGCAAAUACUUCUAUACAGUUACGCGGCAGGGGUUCUUUGGGAUGAUGUCCACCAUUGUUACCUAUGAGUUUAUGCUCCUGCAGUUGGAUGCCAAAAGUCGGGAGGGAGAUCUGCCAGAUUUGUGUACUUAAAUCCUUUUAUUUGAAAUAUUAUUUUUGUAAAUAUAUAUAUUUUUUUUUU